AUCAAUAGCACCCAAUUAGCCUGAUGACACCCAACCAGCUCAAGCCAUUGUUCAGUGCAUCAACUACAUCUAUGCUUCAAGUGAGGGCUCUGCUGCAUACUAUGUGCGAACAUGGCUAAGCUAGUCAUUUUUAUCCUAUUGAUUUUAACUGCAGCGAGUGAAGGAAAACACAGAUGGAAUACGACGUGUUACAAGCCAAUGCCAAGAAGAGAACAUUUUGGGGUGAAAAGUGAAGCCCGUCCUCAUGAGAUCUUGAACCUGGCUGAACUGCCCAAGUCCUGGGACUGGAGGAACGUCAACGGGGUGAACUACGCCAGUGUCACAAGGAACCAGCACAUCCCUCAGUACUGUGGCUCCUGCUGGGCUCACGGCAGCACCAGCGCCAUUGCAGAUCGCGUCAAUAUUAAGAGGAGAGGAGCGUGGCCGUCUGCGUACCUGUCAGUUCAGCACGUGAUUGACUGUGCAGGCGCUGGCACCUGUCACGGAGGGGAUCACGUCAAAGUUUGGGAAUACGCACACAAACACGGAAUACCAGAUGAGACUUGCAACAACUACAGGGCCAUUGAUCAAGAAUGCCAGCCCUUCACCCGCUGCGGGACCUGCAGCACCUUUGGACAGUGCAGUGAGGUGCACAACUUCAGUCUGUGGAGGGUGGGCGACUUCGGACCCAUCCACGGACGGCUCAAUAUGAUGGCCGAGAUCUUCGCCAGAGGACCAAUCAGCUGUGGAAUCAUGGCCACACAAAAGUUUGACGAAUACACUGGUGGUCUGUACUCGGAAUACUUAGAAUCCCACGUCAUGAACCACGUGGUGUCCGUGUCCGGCUGGGGAGAGGAGAACGGAACACAAUACUGGAUCAUAAGAAACUCCUGGGGUGAACCUUGGGGUGAGAAGGGUUGGGCCAGGGUCGUGACAAGCGCUUACAAAGGAGGAAGUGGAAGCAAAUAUAACCUGGGUGUGGAGGAGGACUGCAUGUACGGGGAUGUCAUCGUGCCCUCGACAUACCAAUAGUGAAGAAAGUGACAAGAAUGCAAGCUUAUGCUUUUUUUAGGAAUUUGCUGUAAUGAAUCUCUGAGGAAAAAUCAAUCUGCAGUAGAAAAUGUAUUAAAAUUUGUUAACUCUGUUCCUUGCUUUGUUAAUUGAAAAGCCAACAUCAAUAUCUCAACCUUGGUUAGAGAAUACUGCAAUCAGUUUUUGUGCAAUUAUUUCCAUGUUGGAACAGAAAAAUAAAAACGGGCUUUUUGUUUUCAUUAAAACAAGAUCACCUUUUUACUUUUUGUUAGGCAGCUUGGUUAAUAAGAGUUUAGAAAUUUGAUUGGGUUGCAGGCCUGAGGAAUAAAAAAAAUCAAAUCCACCAAAAAGGCCGCUUUGGUUUUUGCAAUAAGAUCCAAUAAAAUAUUAAUAGUCCAA